AUUGCUGCUCUCGGACGGUGAAGUACUGCUCGCGGUGACAGUAGCGAAUUAAUGAAAAUGUGAAAAGUGUUUGUGUUAUUUGGUUUAGAUGUUAAGAUUGCAUUAAUCAGACUAUCAAGUGUUCGUGAAAUUCUAGUGAUGCCUAGAGAGGCUCGUAGUAGUUAUGAAGCGAGUGUCCUGAUGUAAUUUGUGAGUUCACCCCCGACGGACAUCACCAAAAUGGCAUCGGAUACCGUAGAGGAGUUCAUGAACACCGCCCUGGUGACCUGGGUUCGGACGUUUGAAAGUGACGGCGGUGGAGGCCUGACCUACUCGGCCCUGGCCGACGGCGUCUUCCUCUACGAUGUGAUGCUUCACCUUGAUCCACGGGACUGUGGUGGUCGCCAGGUGAACCGUCACCCCACAGACCCAGCCUCCCGGCUGGCUAACCUGGCCGCUCUCCUCCACCACAUCAAGACCUUCUACCAGGAGGUGUUGAGCCAGACGGUUGUGUUGCGUCUGCCUGACGUAGUGAAGCUGUCCCGUGCUGGCGAGGGGUGUGGGGGCGUGCACGAGCUCCGCCACCUCCUCCUCCUGGUGCUGGGCUGUGCUGUACAGUCCUCCAGGAAGGAGGACAUCAUCGACAACAUCAAGAAGCUCGACCUCAACACCCAGCACUCCAUCGUCGAGUGUAUCAAGGAGGUGACGGACAACCCUGAGGCGGUGUGGCCGACGGAGUGGACGCAGGUGGAGGCUGUCCCGGAGGAGCAGGUGCCCCUGGCCUUCACCACCCUUGUUAAUCACUGUCGACGCCUGGUUCAGGAGCGCGACGCCUACCACCUGGAGCUGCUGAGGGCGCUGUGUGGGGAGGGAGACGACGAGGAGGUGUCCCAGGAGAGCGUCCAUCACCUGGGGGUGCAGCUGGCUGACUGUAAGGCCCAGCUGCGGCGCCUCCGUCAGGAGUAUGAGGAGAAAGCGGAGAGUUUGGCGGAAUAUAAGGAUGAGCUUGACCAAACCAAGACGGUGGUGGGGAGGCUGAGACAAGAGAAUGUCGAGUUGGUUCAAGAUGCCAGGGCAGCGCGGGCAUGGAGGGAUGAAGCAGACAUCCUGCGAGAGCGUGCCAGCCGAGUGGAUGCCCUCGAGCAGGAGGUGGCACGCUAUCGUGACAAGAUGGCCGACAUAGAAUUUUACAAGACGCGAGUCGAGGAGCUACGUGAAGACAACAGGAUCCUUGUGGAAACCAAAGAGAUGUUGGAGGAACAACUGGCCUCAUCGCGAAGGAGAGCGGAGCAAGUCUUGGAUUUAGAGAACAACAUUCUUCAGCUAAAGCAGACCAUAAACCAGAUUACAAUUGAGCGUGAUUCUGACCGAGAAAGAUUGCAGGAAGUGAUGGAAGAGAACGCUCAGCUGCAACUCAGCACUAAAAACUCUCUUAGUGAAUCUGCCACACUGGUGGCUCAGCUCGACCAUCUAAAGUCCCAGCAACCUUUGAAUGGCUCUAGCAUCGGAAGUGAUCUCAUCGGUGAUGCUCAGGCCAGAGUUCUUAAAUUACAGCUUGAAAACCAAAGGCUAGAAGCUGAAAAUGAACAAUUGAAGCAUGGCUCCCUUCUUACUUCAACAGACAAGCUACUGGAGCUUGAGAAAGAGAAUAAGAGACUGUCCCUUAAGGUAAACCAGUUGCAAGAAGUCAGUCAAAAGGAGCGGGCACAUUUAUUAGAAUCUCAGGAAGAAUCGGAGCAGCGGCAUCAAGAAACUCAACGCUUGCAUCAGACCCUCAAUACUAUCAAGACCAAUUCUCAGCGUCAAAUUGACGAACUUCAGCACGAAAACACACAGCUUCUUGAACUGAUAGAGAGUUUGCGAGAGAGGCAGAAGAAGACAACAGAUACCCGACUUCUUGAUGUUGAGACAGAAAACAAGAAACUCACAGAUGUUAAUUUUCAGUUGCAGAGUCAGGUUUCAAGGCUGGAGUAUGAAAAACAGCAACUGAACAGAUUGACAGAACGGUUGAGAGAAUCCGCAGAUAGACUUUCAGAAGCUGAACAUCAAAAAGCAGAAAUAGAGCGAGAAAAUCGCGACCUUCACAAGGCAAUUGGGGCCUUCCGAGAGAGUUGUGAACGACACGAGACUAUGGAGCACGACUAUGCAAGCCUUGAAGUCGAGUAUUCAAGAGUGUCCAAGAUGCUAACCAACAUGAAAGAAACUGUUGCCAAGCUUGAAAGUGUGCAGAGUGAGAAGCUUCAAAUGCAGUCUGAAGUGGAUAGACUUAAUCGAUCCAUGGACAGCCUCAAGUCGACAUCAGCACGCAUCAUUGACUUAGAAUCUGAGAAAGAGGCACAGCUCCAGCAGAUAAGUCUUCUUCAGAAGCAGUUGGUCACCUUGAAGGCUGAAAGAAGUCGGGCCGAGCAGUUGGAACUUGACCUGCUGACUGCUGGUAAUGAAGUACAAAAGAAGAACAGGUUACUAGACACCAUGCAAAAGAAACUAGCAGAAACAGAGAAGGACAGAACUGAGCUGGAGAAUGAAAAUUCAAAGCUCCAGAGAACGGUGGAAACACUCAAGCUAUCUACCAAAAAGCUCAAUGAACUAGAGAGAGACUUAACGGAAAUGGAGGGCACCAAUGAUCGUCUUGAUCGUGAAAAUAAAUCUCUUCAGAAAGAAGUUUCAAGACUGCGUAAUGCCAUGGAGGUGAAAGACGGUCUUAUUGAUGAAGCUGCAAGCAGAACAUCAACUCUUGAACGUGAUGUUAAGAGACUCAACAAAGAAGCUGAUCAACUUAGAGGCAGUGACAGUAGGGUACGAGAGUUGGAGAAGGAUAAGAGAGAGUUUGAACAGCUGAUGAUGACAGAACGCAAGACACUCAACUGUUUAAGGGAAGAUUUAGUUUCGGAGAAGGUUCGGACGCAGCAACUCACCAAUCAGCUUGAGAGUCUAACCUCAGAUCUAGCCAAGCUUGGCCUCAAUGCUGAUAAUCUUACUGCCCCUGUUUCCGACAGUGACAAUGACAUACUAAUGUCAAGAAUAGUAAGCAGUACAAAGAAAUUAAACAGUCGUUACAAAGCCUUGGAAUCGAUGCUCGAGGAAACGCUGAAGAGGAGUGUGGAGGUUCGUGAGGAGAAGAUUGCGUCUCUGGAGUCUCGUCUUUCUGAAUCUGUUAGCAGAAAUAAAGAACUUCGAAAACAUCUACUGGAGGUGAAGAGUGAACUUGAGUCCCUGAGACAACGGCAUCAAGAGGAAGAUGCAGGCCUUAGCGAAGACGUGUCAAAGGAAGUUGCGAAACUCAGGGAUGCUGUGUACCGCUGCAAUGAGGAGAAGGGAAGCCUAGAAAGUGAAAUUAUGGAACUCAAGUCCCAAACGGCCAGUUACCGAGACCAGGUGUGUGCACUACAGUCACAAGUGACGUCGUUGUCGAACCAGAACACAGUCAUGUCCCAGCAUAAUGCAAAGUUGCAAGGGGAGAAUGCUCGCCUGCAAGUGGAGAACACAACACUACAGUCACAGUCAGCAUCGCUCAUAGCUCAGAACUCUGCUUUACAGUCGUCUGCCACUCAAAGUGAUGCUGAAAAGGAGAAGGUGCGUCGUUCUUGUGAUGAACGUGGCAGUCGGCUCAGUCAGCUCGUGUCUGAUCAUGAGGCUCUCCAGCGUCUUCACCAGCAGUUGACCAGAGAAUAUGACAGUCUUAUACUGGAGCACAAUAAUCUCAAAACAACUCACAGAAGCCUAAAACAAGAGCAGAAGGAGUUGAAGGAACGGCAGAGUAAUAUGUCGGCUAGUGAAGAUGAACUCCUCAAACUUCGAGAAGCCUUGGAGGACGAAAUGUCUAAACUUAAAGUUGAUUCUACCUCACUGGCAAACUUGCGAAGUGAGCACUCUAGGCUCAAGGAUGACUUUCGAAGCUUAUUCUCUGCAAAUGAGAAGUUACGAACAGAGUACAAGUCACUACAGAGCGAUUAUAAAGCUGUCAAAACGGAGAACAACACUGUGAAACUUCGAUUAACAGAGCUUCGGGGAGAACUAAACGAUGCUCGAGAUCAGAUGGCAGCUUUAGAUGUUGAAGUGUCAAAGCUCACCAACAAAUGUCAGGUGCUUCAGACCUUGAAUAUAACGCUUGAGGAGGACAGACGGUCACUUAUGUCUCAAGUGUCACUUCUGUUGACCCAAUACCAUGAUCUCCUAACCCAAACACUGGAAGACAAACAACAUUUCCACCAAGAAGAGAAAAAUUUCACUGAUAAACUGAAUAAUCUACGACGAGGAAAGGAGAAAUUAGAGGAGAAGAUCAUGGAGCAAUACCGACGCAUGGACAACUCUCCGUCUAAGAAGUUGUCACCGGGCUGUGUGCCGUAUUCGAAGGGCUUUGGCUCCAAUCUAGUUCGUCGAGUGAGAAAAGCCGGGACUGAGCUCAUCAACAAAGUGCCUCGGACUGGUCGUUCAAGGUCUCGUGGCCGUGAAGAAGGAGGAGACAGUCCAGAUUCCUCAUCACUGGGGUCUUCAUCACAUGCCAAUGAUUCUCUAGAUUCUGGCUCCGAGACUCGUCGAUCAUCACCCAAUCUGCCACCUUCACCAUCACAUGAAGGGGAGGGUGGGGAACUAAGAACAACAAGAAAUGGACAAACACCAAAUCAUUAUAGAAAAAGUCUACCCCCAGCCAUGACUGAUUCUUAUGUCUCCCAAAUUCUCAGAGGAUCAGUAUCUUCAGAGGACGUGGGAAGUGUGCGAUCAGGUGAUGCUAGUGACAGUCAUCAGGAUGACUCAUUGUCCACUGUGACGGCUGGUAGUGGAACUGCUGAACUUAGUCGUGCUGGUUCACGGCGCCCGGUAUACCUCCUCGAGGAUUCAGAUUCCAUACCUACAAGAGAUGUGGGACCUGAACCUCUAGAAGAUAACCAGAGUCGAGGCCGAGCGUCAAUUCGCAGUACAUCCUCUGCAUCACUAAGCCAGCAGGUGAUAAACAGGAGUUACAGCAGUGUUCACAGCAGCCUUCCCCCUUCUACACCCCACUCCCCUACACCAGGAGGACCUCCACUGGUAUCAACGCCAAAGUCUGGUGUUCGAAGAGAACGAGCAAUAGAUGAUGAUAUCCCAACCACUCCCCGACUGCCACCCCGCGCAGAUCACACGUCCAGUGCACCGCAGGUUCCUCCUAGAUCUCGUCGUGGGUCCAACAUUAUCCAACCCGAUUCCCUCGUUUCUAGUCACUCGUCACCCGCCGACAUUCCUGAUCCUAAACCUCCCAAACCUCCACCACGGCCACCACCUACAGAUGACACUCCUUUGAAAACUGGAAAGGACAUUGUUGAUAAUUCUGUUUGGUAUGAGUAUGGAUGUGUGUAACAUAUGUACUUGCUAUUGGCACAAGAGGAGGUAUACUAAAGAGAAUGACCAAUAGGUCUCAUAAUGUGUUCACGUUUUUCACUGAUGUUUCUCUCCAAUUUAACCUCAGAUGUUAAAUAAAUUUUUUAAAAUUUGAUCUACAACUUAAAAAUUCCUCCUCGCAGAGUCAUAUAUAUAUAUAUAUAUAUAUAUAUAUAGGACUGACAAUUAACAUUUUUGUGACAAGUGCCGUAAUGGAACUGAUUUUGUUACCUGAACUUACUUAUGCUUUAGUAAAAGUCUGGUUUUUCAAAAUGCAAUAGAUAUGGUGCAUGACAUUAAUGUAGUGACUUGAGAGUCUGGGGAAGGGGGGGGGGGAGUAUUGACUACUGUAUACUCUUGUAAUACAACAUGACGUCAGCUGAUCUCAAGCCGUUGUAUAAUCUGUUAGGCAGAUCAGGUGUAAUUUUUUUAUUGGUACUACUGCAGUUUCAUGUAUACUGCUUUUGUGAUUUAUUUGUACAUAUUUGAGAAGGCACAACAAUUUAUUUGUACAUACAUUUGUAAUAACUUGUUUUGUAUGAGCCACCAUAUUUUGAUUUUUCUAUAUGUUAGUAGAGAGAUCUAAAUGACUGUUUGCAUCAUGUAAGUUAAAUGCAUAUCAUUUUCAUUUCACUUUAAAUUGUGUAUCAUCAAAAUCUAGAAUAAUCAUUCAUUUGAUGUAUGAAACCUUCAUAUACCGAGUCAAACCUGUGAUGUCCUGUGGUUUGCUAGGCUGUUCCUGGAGACAUCGGGCUGUUUUAACAGUAAUACUGUAGAAUCUGGUUAUUUUAUUGAAAUAAAUUUUAAAAAUUGAUGUUAAGUUACAGUAAUUAAAAUCAGAUGACGAGAUACAAUAACGCAGCUGAAGAUACGAUGACCAAACCACACUCCAGGAGAUGAAGAAACGAUGACAUUUUGGUCUGUCCUGGACCAUUAUCAAGUCGUGUGUCUUGAUUGUCAUUAUCAAGUCACAAUCGACUUGAUAAUGGUCCAGGAGGUACCGAAACGUCAUAGUUUCUUCAUCUUCUGGUGUGUGUGAUUUGGUCAUUGUAAUUAGAAUCGGUGCCAUGCAUUGAGUUUCCAGCCUUCAGUUUUUUACACUGCUCUCCUCUAGGGCAAAUGUAAUGUUGUUGCUGUAUCAUUAUUCUUUUAAAUUCUAGCCAAGAGAGUGUUCAAGAGUAUAGGACAUAUUACUGUAAAAUUCAGUUUUGUCUCUUGGUGUAGGUAAUGUUAGCUUGUUCAGUCGAGAUGUGCAUUUGUAGUAUUCCUUACGGCCACUUUUGUGGCAUAUCUGUGUAGUGCAUAAAGCAGUUUAAAACGCAUCAUGUUUGACAGGUUGUUUAUUCCUUAAUUUUUGUAGAACGGCUUAAAGGAAGGAAGAAACAGGACUGUUAUACAAGAUCUUGCAGUAAAAUGUUCUCAAUUGCUUAUUUGAAACAGAUUGGUCUACAUAUAUACAUUUUAAUGGAACUUCCUUAGGCUAUUACACUCCUUUGGAGGAAACAAAAGUAGAUGAUUGGUUAUCAGUUUCAAAAUUUACUGAAGUUUUUGGCUUGAAUCCCAUUUGUCCUAUCAAAGUAAGAUUUGUAGAGAAUAUUCACUAAGGAGUGUGACCUGAGGUGUGUUAGAAGUGGUGUCUUGUUAUAUCUGAUCUCAUAUUUGUAAUAGUUCUUGACAAACGUAUAUUAGUCACAUUAAUCACCCGAGAAAUUAAUCCAAGCUCAUUGUAGUACGAGUGUAAAAAUCACCGUUGAAAUUCAGUAUGCUCAAGUAUGAUAAAUUCAUGGUCAUAUUACUGAAGAUGGUAAUAUUCAAAAAAGACAAAAAAUCAUUAAUUUAACACACAAAUCAUUGAUAUAUUGUGUGUGUGAUAACUGCAUGUGUCAAUACUGUCAAGUGUGAUCGUGUGUGUUUUAACCUAUGCAUUACUCGGCUGGUCUUGGUUGAGAUACAAUAACAUUUCUUGUCCAGCUUAAAGUACUGAAACAUUACAGGGCAGCAUGAAUUAAAAAUUAUGAAUGUAAA